AGCUACAACAUGCAUCAACAUGCCAUGACAGCGACCUUGUUCCACCAUGGCCCGCUUUGGGCCCCGGGCGAGCUCGACGUUGGCUGCUUGGCAGCGGGUGUUGGGGGAUGAUGAUGAGCCGGCUGCCAAUGCCCGUGUGGCGUUGCAGCAUCAAGUGUGGCAGGAGAUGGUGGCGAAGACGAGUACCGAAGCCUUUCAGGACCCGGACUUCCGGCCUGGGCCACGGGCCAUCGAUGGCCGCCGGGAGGAGGUCUCGAGCAGCGGCGAUUUCUUCAAAGCGACCAUGAGCGAGGUCCUUCGCAAGGUGGCCCCACAGGAUGGUAAAGACGUGGUCUUGUGCCAUUGUGGUUUGGUUUGCGAGGUGCGGCAUGUGCAAAAGAAAGGUCCCACUCAGGGCCGACUGUACCAUACAUGUCCAUCGAGGCAGUGUCGUUUUUUUGAGUUUGCAGAUCAAGGCUCCACACGAGCAGCCUUAGAGCUGCAGUGGCGACGCUUUGCGGCCACAGGAGACUGGAAGGUGGUUUGCGAUGAGGGUUUUCGCCCCUCCGAUGUGCGACAGGGCGGUGUGGGGGACUGUUGGUUCAUGAGCGCCUUGGCCGUUGUGGCAGAGCGUCACGAUUUGAUGCGGAAGCUGCUGCCCAACUUGAACGAGGGCGCGGAGAGCGGAUGUCAUGAAGUGCGACUCUUUUUGGAUGGUCACUGGACUGCUCUGUUAGUGGAUGAUUGGCUUCCCACCACGGAGAAGCAACGGCGCCCCGAUGGGACCUCCUUGGCCUAUGCACGCUGUGCGCGACAACAGCUUUGGGUGUCGUUCAUCGAAAAGGCCUAUGCCAAGGCGCAUGGCGCCUAUCGCUUCAUCAGUGGAGGUGAAACCUCUGAGGCUUUGUUGGAGCUCACCGGCGCACCGACGGAAGUGGUGAAUUUUCAAGAUCCCACUUUUGAUCCGGAGCUCUUCUGGGCACGCUUGGUCUCCCUGCUGCAGGUGGGCUGUCCGAUCGGCUGCGGGACCAGCGCGUUGACGUUGGAGGAGCUUGGCUUGGUGGGACAGCACGCCUAUUCAGUCCUGGCUGCAGAAGAUGGGGAAGGCCUGGAUAGCCUAGAUGGACUCGGUGGCCUGUCCAGCCUGGACUAUAGUGAGAGGGUUACAUCCCGACAUGUGAAGGUACGUAACCCCUGGGGUGAGUGGACGCGGAGAGAACAGGAUGAAUUGCUCGCACAGCUGGGUGUGGCCAUCAUCCCAAGUGAUGGAUGUUUCUGGAUGAAUUACCAGGACUUCAUCCGUGGCUUUGCCUGUUGUGACAUUUGCUACGCUCGCGAUGGCUGGCAUGGCCGCAGCUUUGACUUGGCUUUCGAUACUACGCAAGUCGGCUCGCGAAGUGUGUUGAGGCUGAAAGCGCCGUGUAGCGGGGAGUGUUGGAUCAUGGGAAUCCAGCCCACUGAACGUGGGAAGCAGAUCAAGAGACCUCCAGGAUACUACCUCAAUGACCUCUCCUUGCUGAUCCUAGAUGACUCGGCAGAAGUCGUGGCGAGCUUUCUGGGUGGAGCACGCAGGGAUGUGUCUUGCAGUGUGAUGAUGGAAGCAGGUCGAGAAUAUGUGGCCAUUCCCCUCAGCUUCCGUGCCACGAAAAGGGGGCCUUUCGUGCUCCGCGUCUAUGCUGCCUCGCCCGUGGAAGCGCUCCUAGAAGCACCAUCCCCCGAGCUCACCUGGCAUGCCAUGCACUCCUUGCUAAUGGCACCAAAGCCCAAGACACAGAAACCCUUCCAACGGAUGGCAUAUGACUUUGGGGCCGGGCAAGUGGUUGUCAUAGAAGCUGAUUUUAUGGCCCUUGGCCUGGUGGUGAACAGAAAUCCUUUCUGUUUGGAGGUGGACUUCCAUGCCGCUGGCAACCAUACUGUGCUAAGAAGCCAAAGCGGCUUGUUGGACGGUCGAGAGGACCAGCAGCGCAACCAACGGCAUCAGGCAGCUGAAGCCAAAGCAAAAGCGAAGAUGAAGUCACAUGUUGGAAAGCCGAACUGGCAACUCUUUGAGUUCAAUGCCUUGGUGCCCAAGUACAGUCAAGCUUUAGCCUUUGUUGCUGUGGCUCAGUUGGAGACUUGGGAAUUCUCCCUGGAAAGCAUGGAGGCACAGCAAUCGUUGGAAUCACCUCCGGCAAUGCCCAGUUCCUCUCCCUUUGCAGCCGUAGCAUCCGAGGAACGCUUGGAAGAGCUGGAGGAUUUGGAGCUGCAAGCAGCUUUGUUGGCCAGCCAGGUGGACACAGAGGUUUCCGCGAACAUGGACGAGGAUGAUUUGGAGCUGGCUCUUCGGUUGUCAAUGGAAGCACUUCCUCAGGUGGUCUGCAACCGCUGGUCUCGGCGCAAGGCGGCGGCCAAAAUAAGAGCUCGCUGGGAGCCUGGAGGAAGGGGAUAG